AUAUGAUAGUUUUACAUUAAUACACCUUGAAAAUAAUGAUGCAAACAAAUUAUUUGGAGAAAUUAAGAUAGAUAGAAAUUUGAGCAAUGCUUAAAUUUGGAGAAUUUAUUGAAAAUAAUUAUAGCCAUAAUUCUCUCAAAGAUAUUAAUGUAAACUAAUCAAAUAUUUAAGCUUUUCACAAAAUAUGUACUCAAUUUUUUCUUUAUAAACAAAAAUAUGAUUAUUUGAGAAUUUGUUUGUUAGAGGGAACUAUGUGAAAAGGUAGCAUUUCAUGGAAAUGUUAGAAUUUUAACAUAAAAGCAAUACAGUAGUAUCAAAUUAUUUCUAUUAUCAUAUCUAUUAAUUUUUAGAAAGUGACACUUGUAGCAAAAAAAAAAAAAAAACGUUUUUUAAUUUAAGUUAUAAGUAUUAUAAUAUGACAAAAUGCUGUUGAAAGCAUAUUCAUAGUGAAUAUGGAAGUAAAAGCAAUUGAAAGUGACAUUUUUUCACAAUAACAGUUUUACAUGCACACACAUGCGCGCGCACAGUUUCAGUGAAAUUUAUGGGAAUGUGGUACUGAUUUUUGGGAAAUUUUAUAUGAAAAUAAUUAUAUAUAUUAUGGAAUAUUUUUUACCAGUGGUUUAAUUUACACUUAUAAUGUUAUUUGGGAAUAUGAAAUAUUUUGAUUCUUAUUGAGCAGUAUGAAAUUUGUUGAUUUUUGAAGAUAAGAAUAUAAAUUGCCUUGAAUUCAAAACAGUUAAAACUCUGCUAGCAAGUGAUGUUACCAGUAUAUCAAAAUCAUUGCCAAUUUGCAGCACAAAAGAAGUAAGUGGAACAACUGAUGGUUCAUCAACACAGUUAACGUCUAAUGUUACAGAAGAUAUGCUAAAUACUGCAUCACCUACUGUCCACUCAGUUGCAAGUUCCAGCCAGGAAACAAACAAAUUUGAGAAUUUAAAUAGUCCAGGAAGUCAGACUGAAGCAGCAGCAGCCGCAAGUCCCACCAACACAACCACCGAAGAAAUUGGACAAGAAUCGGCCAACCAAACAAAUGGUACAGAGCCAAAAGAACAGAAAAAGAAGAACAGGUGCAAUGUCUGCCGCAAGAAAGUUGGAUUGACAGGUUUUCAGUGUCGCUGUGGUGGUCUAUUUUGUAGUCUCCAUAGAUAUUCUAAUGAACAUAAUUGCACAUUUGAUUACAAGCAACUUGGUGCCCAAGAAAUUAGAAAAAACAAUCCUCUGGUAGUUGGAGAGAAGAUACAAAAAAUCUGAAACUAGGCGAUUUCAUAACAGAGAGGGAAUUUGACAGAACUAAACUUUAAUCUUCCUUUGUGUGGAUGGCCCCGAAGUUUUCAAUCCUAAUCAUCAUUGAAUGGCAGGACUAGUUCUUUUUAUCUACAUAUUUUAAAUGCUCAUUGAAAAAAAAAAUGUGUGGAUUAAAAUAGAAUUUAAAAACACUAUUAGUAGCAGCAGAUAUCUUUGAGACUAUAUAUUUCAUUGUAUUCUUUACUCAAAGUAUUUACAUUAUCUGUAAACCUAAAAAUAUAUUUUACUUUACAUCCAUUCUCGUAAUUUAUCGAUUAGUAAUUUGCUCUAUUUGUGCACUUUGUGCUUAGCAGAUUCGGAUAUUUUUAGGUUUACAGUAGACAUCACAAUACGUCCAUUUUUUAACGCUCGCAGACCGGUAAGCUUUUCGAUGGUGUAAUUUAAGAAAUUACUAUGCACACACUAAAAAAA